GUUCGGGGGAUAUAGUCUCUCCUUUGGAGCUUCACACCAUGCUUUAAGGCAAUCCAGACUCCACGUGCCUUUUCUCUACUCACUCCUGACCAAAUGAGUUUGAUGUAGCCUUAAGAAGUAAAUUAUAUUUAAUGCAACAUUAGCUUUAAUUCUACUCUGCCAAAUUCAAUGGGUUUUUGACUGCCGUGCCAAAUUGGCAAUCCCGGAUUGGUUUUAGAGUAUAACGGCAGGGGAAAAGACGUGAGAAAUAGUUUCCAGCGUUCACACACAAAUGCCUCAACAACCACUGUGUAGCCUAUAAGAUAUGCCUCUUCUUAUUGCACCCUAUGAUAUCUCUCUUUCAUCUUCCAUGGCAGAAUUUAAAUGGGCUUCUUUACUUGUCCUCACAUGUUUAGUGCUAGGGUUUACUGCAUACGCUGACGCGCAGACACUUUCUGAAGCCGAGGUCGAUCCUCUCAGUAUUGUGUUGUUUCAGGGCUUCAAUUGGGAAUCAUGGAAGAGCGAAUCGUGGUACACGGUGCUCAAAUCUAUCGCAAAUUCUGUAGCAGAGGCAGGCAUAACAGACGUCUGGUUUCCUCCUCCUAGUCAAUCCGUCUCAUCCGAAGGCUAUUUACCAGGAAAGCUUUACGACCUAGACUCCUCAAAGUAUGGAACAACAGAGCAGCUGAAGCAGGCAAUACAGGAGUUCCACAACAACGGUGUGCGGUGCGUGUGCGACAUAGUGAUAAACCACAGAACAGGGUCAAAGCAGGACGAAAAUGGCUACUGGUGUAUUUUCGAGGGCGGCACAGAGGAUAGUGCCCUAGACUGGAGCGGAUGGGCCGUUCCGCCCAGAGACCAGCCCUACCCGUGCGGAACCGGCAAUCAGGACACAGGCGAGGACUACACUCCAGCUCCGGAUGUGGACCACGCAAACCCUAAAAUUCACUCCGAGCUCUCCGACUGGAUGAACUGGCUCAAAUCCGACAUCGGCUUCGAUGGCUGGCGGUUCGAUUUCGUCAAAGGCUACGCCGGAAAUCUGCUGGGCCUCUACAUAAAAAAUACCGGCCCGGCUUUCGCAGUGGGAGAGUUGUGGGACACGCUUUAUUUUGGAAAUGGGCAAGAGGAUGCUCACCGGCAGAGGCUUGUCGAUUGGAUACACUCCACGGGUGAUGCUUCUUCCGCCUUUGAUUUCACCACCAAGGGAAUUCUUCAGCAGGCUGUGCAGAAUAACGAGCUUUGGCGUAUGAGGGAUUCAAAUGGAAAACCCUCCGGCUUGAUCGGCCUCCUCCCUGAAAAGGCUGUGACCUUCAUUGAUAACCACGACACUGGAUCUACGCAGAAUUUGUGGCCCUUUCCUUCUGACAAACUGUUGCAGGGUUAUGCUUACAUUCUCACCCACCCUGGAGUGCCUAGCAUUUUUUAUGAUCAUUUCGAGGACAUGAACCUGAAGGAUGCCAUUCAAAAUAUGAUAGCCAUUCGCAAGAGGAAUAACAUAAAGGCCAAUAGUGCUUGUCGAAUAAUAACUGCCGAGAACGACCUCUACAUGGCAAGCAUUGAUGAAGUGGUUAUCACCAAAAUUGGAGCAAGAUAUGAUGUUGGAAAGUACAUGCCUUCACAAGAUUUUCAACUUGCGACUUCUGGAGAUAAUUAUGCUAUAUGGGAAAAAAAGACCUAUGAGCCAAUUAGUUUCUAAUCAUAAGUAGAAGUUGACAUCAUUCAAUCCAUGUUUUGUUGUCAAAUUAAUAUUGAUACACUUUCUUUAAAUGUGUAGUACCAUUGGGAAUGCUUUAAUCCAUUUUAAAAUAUAAAAUUGAAAGACAUGCAUAAGAAGAGUAAAAUCUAAUUUAAUCAUUAAAAAAGUUAUCUUUGUGAUUAAAAAGU